GUUAUCUUUCAACGAUUUAACCAUGGCUGUUUUUGCGUACAUUGCUACAUUCUUCACUUUUGCAGCUUUGGCCUUGGAAGUAUUCACGUUGCUUGGAAAUACUUAUAAUGUCGUUUUGCUGCGGGACCUGUAUUUUGCACGCUUAACGUUGUCUGAUCGAUUCAUUCAAUUCGGGUUAUGGAAUUACUGCAUAGGAAAGGAUGGUGCAGUUACACAUUGUAGCACACCAAAGCCUGCAUUUGUUUGGACGGAAGCUGAAGGACUUGAUCGAUUAAUCCAGGGCCUGGAAGGCAUGGAUAAAGUAUUUCUCACCAAUUUUAUUCUUUACUGGGUGGUGUUUGGACUUACGUUACUGGCUUUGGCCAUUACAAUAACGACCCAUUUUCGACGAACCUCGGAUUUACUCGCAUCUUUUGCCAUGUUUAUCGCUUUCCUUGUAAUGCUGGUGGUGCUUAUUAUAGUGCUUGUUAUCUCUAUUCGAGGAAUUAAUUCCGCCAAGGGGUCAGAUCGAAGUGCUUCUGGGUUUCCUGGACCGGCAAUGUGGAUGACCGUCGGUGCAAUGGGAGGAUUGCUGAUAUCGUCUUUCUGGUACUGUGUUACUUGUUGUUUCGGACCUAGACGAAAAGUGGCCGAUGGCGAUGAGAAGCCUUCUCCCGCUCGCGGAUGUCUUCCAUUACUGCUUCCUUUCUUACUUUGGCGCGGCACACGUUAAGGGGUUUUAUCACAUGCAUGACAUUAAUUAUUGGUCAAUAGCCGACUCUGCUUUUCUAUUCACACAUUGUUUUUAUUUUUUAUUUUAUCAAACUGCUUAUUUCCUCACUUGCUUCUUCUGUAUUUUAUUUUAUGACAAUUAUGACAAUAGAAAAGGAAUGUAAUGAUUCAUACAAUAACAUCAAAUUUUCGUGUUCU